AAAAUAAUGAGAGUGGUGUGUGACAGUUGUUGAAAAGUGCGCCAAGUGUAUACGGAAAAGCACUCGCUAGACUAGAGUCGCAACGUCUUCGCCUACUCUCAUUCAUGAUUUCGUAACAAACGAAGCACAAACCUGCGCACUAUAAGAAACACCACCAUUAUCCAUAUACUAAACAACGCAAACAAACAAUGGCAGGUGGAGGAGGAAAAGUUGACGACUUCCAACCUCAUCCCGUGAAGGAACAACUUCCCGGCGUUGAUUACUGUGUUACCAGCUCACCCUCAUGGCCUGAAGGGAUCAUUCUUGGGUUUCAGCAUUACCUCGUUGUGCUUGGUACCAUUGUCAUUGUUUCCACCUUACUCGUCCCUUUGAUCGGUGGUGGCAAUGUGGAGAAGGCUGAAAUGAUACAAACUCUACUUUUUGUUGCUGCCAUUAACACACUGCUGCAAACGUGGUUUGGAACACGUCUUCCUGUGGUCGUGGGGGCAUCCUAUGCUUUCCUCAUCCCUGCUGUUUCCAUUGCUUUUUCCUCCCGAAUGAGUCUUUUUGCAGAUCCACACCAGAGAUUUAAGCAAUCCAUGAGAGCCAUACAAGGGGCACUUAUUGUUGCAUCGUUAUUUCAAAUCAUCAUUGGCUUUUUUGGCUUUUGGAGGAUUUUUGCCAGGUUUCUCUGCCCGCUUAGUGUGGUCCCCCUUGUCACACUUACUGGCCUAGGACUAUUUAUAUUAGGAUUUCCAAGACUGGCAGAUUGUGUUGAAAUUGGUCUCCCUGCAUUGAUUAUCCUUGUAAUCCUGUCCCAGUACAUUCCCCAAAUGAUGAAAUCAAGAGCACCAGAUCGAUUUGCAAUCAUAGUCUCAAUUGGAAUUGCAUGGGUAUUUGCUGAAAUUUUGACUGCAGCUGGUGCAUACAAUAAAAGAUCGCCUAAAACUCAAUUGAGUUGUCGUACAGAUCGAUCUGGGUUAAUUAGUGCCGCUCCUUGGAUAAGAGUUCCAUAUCCAUUUCAAUGGGGACGUCCUUCUUUCAAUGCUGGUGAUACUUUUGCUAUGGUUGCUGCUUGUCUUGUUGCAAUUGUAGAGUCAACAGGGACAUUCAUUGCAGCAUCAAGAUUUGGCAGUGCUACCCCUGUUCCACCAUCUGUGCUUAGUCGUGGUGUAGGUUGGCUGGGCAUAGGUACUCUUUUGGAUGGCUUUUUUGGCACAGCAACUGGAUCAACUGCAUCAGUUGAAAAUGCAGGACUCUUGGGUUUAACAAGAGUAGGAAGUCGCAGAGUCAUUCAAAUAUCCGCCGUAUUCAUGCUUUUCUUCUCUAUAUUAGGAAAAUUUGGAGCAGUUCUUGCUUCAAUACCUUUGCCAAUUAUAGCAGCUAUUUACUGCGUUCUCUUUGCCUUCGUAGUAUCAGCAGGGCUUGGUUUUCUUCAAUUCUGCAACCUAAACAGUUUUAGGUCAAUGUUCAUCCUCGGCUUCUCUCUCUUCAUGGGUUUAUCUGUUCCACAGUAUUUCAACGAAUAUCUGUUGCUAUCUGGACAUGGACCUGUCCAUACCCGUACCACUGCGUUCAACAAUAUAGUGCAAGUGAUUUUCUCAUCACCAGCAACUGUGGCAAUUAUAGUUGCUUACUUGUUGGAUUUAACAGUGAGUCGUGGAGACAGCUCAACUCGUCGAGACAGUGGGAGACACUGGUGGGAAAAAUUCAGGACCUUCAAUCAGGAUACUAGAAGUGAAGAGUUCUAUUCACUUCCUUUAAACCUCAACAGAUUUUUCCCAUCGUUUUGAGUGCACUUCCAUUUUUAACAUGAACAAGAGGAAAUCUUAAUCUAUCUUUCCUUUGAUCAUUUAUUGUCUAAUAUGUACACAAAUAUAAGCAUGUAUUGUAUAAGAAAGAUAUUCGAGCAAAAAUUGCAAUUUAUAUAUAGCGAUACUGAC